AUGGAAACGCAACAUAAACCGAUAAAACUACAAGAAGAAAAAACACAAAUUCUAGAAACGCACAAUUUAAAGCGAAAAGAUCAUAAUUCUUCUAAGAUAUUACUUAAUCUACAAAAACAUCCCUUAAAUAAUAUGAAUAAAAAUGAAAUUAAAGAAAAAAAUAUCUUUCAUAAUAUUGCUUGGGAAAGAACUAUGUUCUUUGACCCAACUUCUCAUAAAAAGAAAUACAAAUAUAACUUAAAUCCAAGGUUGCAAGAUAAUAAUAAAAAAUAUGCAAAUAGAGAUAUAACAUCGAUAUCUACCAGAUCAACAAAAAAAAAUACUGCAAGUUAAAAUAAUUUAUAUAGUGAUUAAUUUAUAGUUUUUAAUGUGCAAGUUUAUAUUGUUUGUAUAUUUUAGAUUGAUUGGCAAAGAAAAAACUUCAUUUAUCAAUGUAGUGUACAUCAUAAAAAAAGUAAUAUUUGUUGAAAAAAGUAUAAAAACCAUAUUUAAAGAAUAUAUACAUUACU